AAAGUUUAUUCUUUCUCUUGGGGGCACCUCGGAGUAUGGCGGCGUGCGAUUGGUGGUUGCCGGGUGACGCUGCGAGCUGGGCGGCAGGAGGACACGUGUUCAGUGGACGGACGGACGGCGCUGCUGCUGCUGCUGCUGAGAGGUCAAAAUGAAAGAAACAAAAAAAAGGUUUCUAAAAUCGCCAAAAACCCAACUGAAGAAAAUUAAAGUGACAGGACAAUGGAAGCCAAUUACAAUAGACGCCAGUCGUUUCGGUGAAGAAGAUUUGGAUGGGCUGGUCUGUUGUGAAGAGCUUACAGAUUAUAAAUUGAUUAAUGCUAGGAAAUCGUCAGAGAAGAAAGCCAAAAGACGAGCUUCUGAUAACUCAGAGGAGUUAAAAUCUGCACCAAAGAAACAGAAAAUCAGUGGAGAUGAUUUACCAACAGCAGCAACAAAAACAAAGAUAAAAAGAAAAAAGAAAAAAAUUAACAAUCAACCUGCCGAAGUGGAGGAGAAGAGUGUUAAUCUUUCAGACGAUGUUAACAAAUUUGAAUAUUCAGAUAAAAAUGAGACGGGUGGAACGGAAACAAAUAUUGCUGUAAAUCCAAAGAGAAAGAAAAUGAAGAAAAGGGCUGGAGCUCCUCGGUCCUCCAGGCUAGAUGAGAAAGUGAAAAACUGGACAAAACAUUCAUGUCCAUCUGAGCAGGCAACUGAUGUUUCUGCCUGGAAAGAUUUGUUUGUCCCAGAGCCAGUACUUCAGGCUCUGAGUUCUCUUGGUUACAGUGCUCCUACUCCCAUCCAAGCCUUGGUUCUGCCACCUGCUAUUAGAGAUAAACUAGAUAUUCUUGGUGCAGCAGAAACAGGCAGUGGCAAAACAUUGGCAUUUGCUAUUCCCAUGAUCCACUUUAUAUUGGAGUGGAGGCAAGCUGAACAUGCCAAAUUGAAGGAAAAUGAGGAAGGGAAUCAGGAUGCUAAUGAAGGUGAUGAACCAUUCACCGGCAACCUGAUGAAAAUUAACAGUGAACAUCUGGAGGAAUGUGAAGAGGUGGAAACAAAUGAUAAUGAAGAGAAUCAUGAUUUUGUGGGUUGUGUAAAAGUGAUUGACAACGUACAUUUUGAUUUUGAGGCUUCUCAUGUUGUAAAUCCACUCUUGGGCUUGGUCCUAACUCCAACAAGGGAACUAGCUGUCCAGGUAAAACAUCACAUUGACGCAGUCACCAAAUUCACAGGAAUCAAAACUGCAAUGAUAGUUGGAGGAAUGGCUGCCCAGAAACAGGAAAGAAUUUUGAAUCGUAGGCCAGAAAUUGUAAUUGCAACACCAGGGAGGCUAUGGAAGCUGAUAAAGGAAAGACAUCCACAUCUCUGUCAUUUGAAACAGCUCAGGUGCCUGGUGAUCGAUGAAGCAGAUCGCAUGGUUGAGAAAGGACAUUUUGCAGAACUAUCUCAUCUUCUAGAACUGCUGAAUGACAAGGAGUACCACCCAAAAAGAAGGACUUUUGUAUUUUCUGCCACUUUAACCAUGAUUCAUCAAGCUCCUGCAAGAGUAUUGGGAAAGAAGAAGAUGAAAAAAAUAAAUGCAGAAACAAAAUUAGAAGCUCUUAUGCAAAAAGUAGGCAUCAAAGGAAAACCAAAAGUCAUUGAUUUAUCAAGGAAAGAGGGUACCGUUGAGACCCUCACAGAAACCAGAAUCCAUUGUGAGAUAGAGGAAAAAGAUAUCUAUCUAUAUUACUUCCUACUUCAGUAUCCUGGUCGGAAUAUGGUCUUUGCAAAUAGUAUAGAUUGUAUCAAGCGUCUAAAUUCAUUGCUCACUAUUUUGGAAUGCUGUCCUCUACCACUACAUGCAAACAUGCACCAGAAACAGAGGUUGAAGAAUUUAGAAAGAUUUGCUGAAAGAGAGAGCUCUAUUUUAUUGACCACUGACGUUGCAGCUCGAGGUCUGGAUAUUCCAAAUGUACAACAUGUUAUUCAUUAUCAGUUGCCCCGUACCACUGAGAUCUAUGUUCACAGGAGUGGCAGAACAGCUCGAGCCACAAAAGCAGGUCUUGCUUUGAUGUUAGUUGGGCCAACAGAUGUGGUUUAUUUUAAGAAGAUAUGCAACACUUUGGGCAAAGAUGAAAACAUUCCUCUGUUUCCAGUACAAGCUAAAUGUAUGCCUGAAAUAAAGGCACGUGUUAGCAUAGCUAGAAGCAUAGAAAAGAUGGAAUACCAGCACAAUAAAGCACAACAACACAACAGCUGGUUUCAGCAAGCUGCUGAAGCGCUUGAGGUGGAUUUGGACGACAACGACCUGAUGGGUGGAAGGGAUAAUGAUGGUGAAGAAAUCCAGAGGCAAAGAAUGUUGAAAGGAAUGAAGAAGGAACUAAAGAGUUUGAUUUCACAGCCAGUGUUUAAGAACUACAUGAAGACAAAAUAUCCAACACAAUUUGGUGGACUAGGAUUGCCUGCUCUACCAUUGGCAAGCCAAGAAACUGCUUUAACCACAAUUCAAAAGCAUAAAUUCAAAAAAAGACUAAGGUUAUGUGAACAAAUAUCUUGAGACGCAUUGUUUAAAUAACCCAUACAACUAGCUAUUGGCAAAAUAUGUAAUAACAUGUUCAGUGGCUAUACACCAUUUAUUGCAUUUAAUAAAAAUCCAAAACU